AUGUCCUUCUCAACAUUGGGUGCUCGCGCGCACAUCCAAAACUUGACUGCUGCAAAGACAUUGGAGGCACACUGGGGCUACGCAGACCGUGCUGUUCCUUGCACAAACGAUGCUGGCUCAUGUGCCUAUCUAGAUGUUGUCUAUUCGGCCCAUGAUCGGGGGAUGCUGUAUACGGGCAUUUUCUGGUCAACUCUCGGAGGUAUCCUUUUCCUUUGGGCUAUAUGGAGACAUUUCACCGAGCCAACGAUAUCUCCAACUUUGACCGUACCUCGUCUCGGGGGAUUUCGUAAACUUCGAAUCUCUCUUGCUGCCUUCAGCCGUUCAUAUCUCCUCCCUGAUGCACUCCGCACAAUCUUCGGCCGCACGACCCGCUUGCAAGUUCUCGUUCUUGCAGCUCUAGCAGGCUAUCUUCUCAUCUUCAGCUUUGUCGGCAUUGGCUACAACACUUGGAUCACCCCAGUGUCAGGCAUGGACGGUGUUUAUAAUACUCGGUCCAGCAUCGGUCCGUGGUCAGAUCGCAUCGGCGUUCUUGCCUAUGCACUCACUCCUCUGUCCGUGAUGCUAAGCAGCCGCGAGUCUUUCCUCUCGCUGAUCACGGGACUGCCCUAUCAAACAUUCAACUUCCUGCAUCGGUGGCUGGGCUACAUCAUCUUUGUACAAAGCUCCUUGCAUACUAUCGGUUGGUGUAUAGUCGAGUUGAGAUUAUACCAGCCACAACCGUCCGUUGGUAUCGAGUGGGUGACACAAACAUACAUUAUCUGGGGCAUUGUCGCCAUGAUCCUGUUGCUCUUGAUAUUCGUUCUCAGUACGCCCUGGGGUAUCAGACUUACUGGAUACGAGACCUUUCGCAAGUUGCACUAUGUUCUUGCCAUGGUCUACAUCGGUGCAUGUUGGGGUCAUUGGGAACAACUUAAAUGUUUCCUACUUCCAUCCCUCAUUUUUUGGUUCAUUGAUCGAGGAGCUCGUUUUAUUCGCACGGGUUUACUACAUUAUCACCCUGGCGAAGCAUCUGGAAUUCUAGGUUUCAAAUCCAUCAAGGCUGCCAUCACCCAUUUCUCGGAAGAGGAACAUGGCGACGUGAUUCGUCUUGACAUGGAGAAUGUUCAAGAAACCUGGAACGUCGGCCAGCACUAUUAUUUGUGCUUUCCCGAUUGUAGUAUAUGGCAAUCACAUCCAUUCACACCACUCAAUGCCCCCGAGGUCGUCAAGGGAAUGGUCAAGCAUUCAUACAUCCUCCGUGCCAAAAGGGGCGAGACAAAGAAAAUCGCAGAUCUCGCCUCGAAGGGUACUUUGGCAACCCCCGUCAUCUUGACUGGUGCUUAUGGAGCGUGUAUUUCCAAAGAGCUGGCACCGAAUACCAACAUCAUCUGUGUCGCGGGUGGAACUGGAAUCACAUAUGUGCUACCAGUACUUCUCAGCCUCGCUCAGCAACAGUCGUAUUCAUCAGACCGAAAGAUUGAUUUAGUCUGGGUAAUCAGGCAUACGAGCAAUGUGCAAUGGAUUCAUCAAGAACUGGAUAUCCUCCACAAGGCUCGCAAGGCGAUGAAUCUGAAAAUCCGCAUCUUCGCUACCAGAGACACCGUCAGCCAAUCCACAUCCAGGGAGAGCAUCGUACCGGCAAAGAAUGAUAACGAGAAAUCCAUGCGGGCCUCUGAAAAAUGUUCGUCCGCAGCUGACCUUUGUGAUUGCGAGCUGGAUGUCCCAGUCAAGCUUGGUGGAGGAUCAGCGGACAGCAGCAGACAUCCUGAUUUGCAAAAGUUGAUCACUGAAUUUGUGGACAACACAGUCACGGGUCCAACAACAAUAUUUGCCAGCGGGCCUGGCAGUAUGCUGAGUGAUUUGAGGGAUAUUGUUGCUACUUGUAAUUCGGCUUCCAAGGUGUGGAGUGGACAGGAGAGGUUCGAUGUCAGCCUGGUGUAUGAUGAUCGUCUCGAGUGGUAG